AUGGCAGAGGGGCCAGAAGCUGAAUCCUUGGCAAAGCUGCUGGAAGCCGAUGUGACGGUUCGGCGGCGGUUUCGAGAGCUAGGCCACAUGACGAGAUGGCCUAGCAUUCACACGGUGGGUGUGGCAAGCUGCAAGGCUAUGGCUUGCAAUGCCAGGAUUUUAGAGAUCCUGGCGGAGUGGUGGUGCCCUACACAGGAAGCUCCAGCCAUAGUGCCGAUUGAGAUCAUGCGGAGGGAGGUGAAUGCCUUGCGUGGCCCACGCCACAUGGACCUCAAGAAGGACCCGCUCCAAGCAGAGCUCGAUGCGGACCAGACCCUUGAUGAUUUCUUUCAUAUCCUCGAAUGGUAUUGGACCCAGCUUCGUGAAGAAGAUCCUGAGGGCCCUACUGAGUUGCUGAUGUUGGAGGAUGGUUCGGUGGAUGAUCCGUAUACCGAUUCUGCAGUGGAUGCUGUGGAUAGUUCAACGAGUGCAGCGGUGAAUGACAACUCAUCGGACGCUGCUCUGUCGGACGCUACGACCCUACAGCUAGCACCCCUGACGCCCCCAGCUUCCACAGAUGAUUCCCUUGCUUGCAAUCCGGAGACGGUUCCUGAGCCAGUGCCACCACCCGAAGCACUCCCAAGUGAUCCCUGCGAUCCUGAGCCAGUGUCAGCGCCCGAAGCACUCCCAAGUGAUCCCUGCGAUCCUGAGCCAGUGUCAGCGCCCGCAGCUAUAUCAAGUGAUCCCAACGGUUGCAAUCCGGUUAAGGUUCCUGAGCCGCUGUCAGCGCCGGAAGCACUCCCGAACAAUCCUGGGCAUUGCAAUCCGAACGAGGUUCUGACAGCCCCACCGAGCUCAAAGAAUCCAGGUGAAGUCGCUCAGAUGUCACCGUCGACACUGAAAGAGGAUCCUAGUCAGUCAGAGCCAUGCACACCCCAGCAGCACAAGCUCGCCAAGCUUCCCCAGUUCCAGAUCUCGGACCAAGAAGACCAGAGAGCCUUAUUGAAGGCCCAGAUGGACCAGCGCAUAGCAGCCCUCAG